AUGUCUGCUUUGUCCCUAGCUGAACCAGAAGAAUAUGACACUGAGCAAUCGGUGCCAGGUAUUUGAUCGUUUCCAGGACACCAUCUCACAGCACGUUGUCAAAGUGGACUUUCUGAACCGAAUCCACAAGAAGCACCCUCCUAACCGCCGUGUGCUCCAGUCGGUCAAAAGAAGAAGCUUGAAGGUUCCCGAUGCUAUAAAAUCUCAGUACCAGUUUCCACCCCCUCUCAUUGCACCCGCGGCCAUUCGGGAUGGGGAGCUGAUCUGCAAUGGGAUCCCUGAGGAAUCACAGACGCACCUUUUGAACUCUGAGCACUUAGCCACCCAGGCAGAGCAGCAAGAGUGGCUCUGUAGUGUUGUUGCGCUCCAGUGCAGCAUAUUGAAACAUUUAUCUGCUAAGCAGAUGCCUUCGCAUUGGGACUCUGAACAGACAGAGAAGGCUGAUAUUAAGCCUGUUAUUGUGACUGACAGCUCAAUCACCACUUCCCUGCAAACAGCUGACAAGGCACCUACACCUUCCCAUUACCCCUUGUCCUGCCCCUCAGGGAUUAGCGCCCAGAAUUCCCUGAGCUGCUCUCCACCCCACCAGCCCCCAGCCCUAGAGGACAUCGGCUGCAGUUCUUGUGCGGAAAAAUCCAAGAAAGCCCCUUGUGGGACUGCCAACGGGCCAGUGAACACAGAGGUGAAAGCCAAUGGUCCACACCUCUACAGCAGCCCCACUGAUUCCACGGACCCCCGGCGACUUCCAGGCGCCAACACCCCCCUACCAGGCCUCUCACACCGGCAAGGCUGGCCCCGGCCCCUCACGCCACCAGCGGCUGGGGGCCUUCAAAACCACACCGUCGGCAUCAUUGUGAAGACAGAGAAUGCCACUGGCCCCAGCUCUUGCCCCCAGAGGAGUUUGGUUCCUGUCCCAAGCCUGCCCCCUUCCAUUCCCAGCUCUUGUGCCAGCAUCGAGAACACCAGCACUUUGCAAAGAAAGACUGUCCAAUCACAGAUAGGACCUCCGUUGACAGAUUCAAGGCCACUGGGCUCACCCCCAAAUGCCACCCGGGUGCUCACUCCCCCCCAAGCAGCAGGAGAAGGUAUCUUGGCCUCAGGAGCCAACCAACGAUUCUGCUCACCAGCGCCAUCAUCAGAUGGCAAGGUCAGCCCCGGCACGUUAUCCAUAGGAAGCGCUUUAACCGUACCCUCUUUCCCAGCCAACUCUACUGCCAUGGUGGACCUCACCAACUCACUUCGAGCAUUUAUGGAUGUCAAUGGAGAAAUCGAGAUAAAUAUGCUGGACGAGAAGCUGAUCAAGUUUCUGGCCUUGCAGAGAAUACAUCAGCUUUUCCCUUCACGGGUCCAACCUUCACCGGGCAGUGUCGGGACACAUCCACUGGCUUCCGGAGGGCACCACACAGAAGUGCAAAGAAAGGAGGUACAGGCCCGAGCUGUGUUCUACCCCCUCUUAGGGUUGGGAGGAGCUGUGAACAUGUGCUAUCGAACCCUCUACAUCGGGACAGGAGCUGACAUGGAUGUGUGCCUUACAAACUAUGGUCACUGUAACUACGUGUCCGGGAAACACGCCUGCAUAUUCUACGAUGAGAAUACCAAACAUUAUGAGCUGUUAAACUACAGUGAGCAUGGAACUACGGUGGACAAUGUGCUGUAUUCAUGUGACUUCUCUGAGAAGACCCCGCCAACUCCCCCAAGCAGUAUUGUUGCCAAAGUGCAGAGUGUCAUCAGGCGCCGCCGGCACCAGAAACAGGAUGAAGAGCCAAGUGAGGAGGCAGCCAUGAUGAGUUCCCAGGCCCAGGGGCCGCAGCGGAGACCCUGCAAUUGCAAAGCCAGCAGCUCAAGCUUGAUUGGGGGCAGUGGGGCCGGCUGGGAGGGCACGGCCUUACUGCACCAUGGCAGCUACAUCAAGCUGGGCUGCCUGCAGUUUGUCUUCAGCAUCACUGAGUUUGCGACCAAACAGCCCAAAGGCGAUGCCAGCCUGCUACAAGAUGGGGUCUUGGCCGAGAAGCUCUCUCUCAAGCCCCACCAGGGCCCUGUACUGCGCUCCAACUCCGUUCCCUAGAGCUGGUGACUACCGUGCCUCUGGCCUGUACACUCACUCAAGACUCCUGCAAUGCAAAAAUGUACACAAACCAAGCCCGGGUGUUUUCUAUACUCUACCAGAAACCCUUCAACUACAAUCUUUGCAUGAAAUGAAGAAAACCUUUUGACUGUUUUUUAAAAAUCCUUUUUUCUUUUCUCAAGUUCUAGGGGGCAUUUGCACAUAUAUUUGUACUCAACAUUUCAUGGGAAAGCGGCAGACCCGAGCUGAGGAACAGCGUGGGCAGGGAGGGGAAGACCCAAUGGUCUGGACACUUCCUCCAACACAAAACCCUUCCCCACCCACUUCCUGCUCCCUCCCCCUCGCCCGCCGUUGUAAAAUAAUCAGAAACUUGUUCUAUUUUGUGGCAGUGACAAUAGUUUUAUAUUAAAAGAAAAAAUACAGUUUUCAUACAGCAAAAUCUAUACAAUAUCAUUGUUUUAUUUAAUAUAAAAAUCGCUACCCACCCUCCUUCCAUGGUUCCCACCCUCCAAGUUAUUCUCCCCUUCUGCAGCGGUUGCACUACAGGUAGCUACUGUGUAUUAUGGACAAAUAAGAAAUGAAUUCUUUUUCUGGCUGUCCAUCUAUUUUAUUUCAAAUAAGGAAAAGUGUAUUUGGAUUUUGUGUAAAUACAUCUAGUGAUGACAUUUUUUCAAUGUUUUUAAAAACCGUGUACAGUACUACAUGUGGUAGAGCGUUUUCUCAAAUUGUCUAUUGUAGCAAAAAUGUUUUUGUCGUAAACCUGUUUUGUCUCCUCUUUUUGUUCUCUUGCCACUUCUCUCCUCUUCCUCCUGCCCCUGGCUCCCUCCUCUCCUCCCACCCCCACAACUAGUACCAAUGUACAUAGUAAUUGUAAUGUUUUAGACUUUACAGAAACUUUCCUGUAUUCUGUAUAUAAAAAACAAAAAUACUUCAAA